GCUCCGCUCCGCCUCCGCCGCCGCCUGCGCGCCGCGCCAGGCCCGACAGGCCAGGCCGAGGAGAGCCGCCGAGAGAGGGACGCGAGCAGCCAUGGCCGAAGCGGCGCCCGCCCGGGCUCCAGAGAGGGACAAGCAGACAGAGGACGAAAGCCCUUCGACACCUUCUUUGUCACCCCCACCAGCUGCUGAGAAGAACUCCUACCUGUACUCCACGGAGAUUACACUGUGGACGGUGGUGGCCGCCAUCCAGGCCUUGGAGAAGAAGGUGGACUCCUGCCUGGCCCGCCUGCUUUCGCUAGAAGGGCGGACGGGGAUGGCCGAGAAGAAGCUGGCCGACUGCGAGAAGACGGCCGUGGAGUUCGGGAACCAGCUGGAGGGCAAGUGGGCCGUGCUGGGGACCCUGCUGCAGGAGUACGGGCUGCUGCAGAGGCGGCUGGAGAACAUGGAGAACCUGCUGAGGAACCGAAAUUUCUGGAUCCUGCGCCUGCCCCCGGGCAGCAAGGGGGAGGUCCCCAAGGUGCCCGUGACCUUUGAUGACGUGGCCGUGUAUUUCUCUGAGCCGGAGUGGGGCAAGCUGGACGAGUGGCAGAAGGAGCUCUACAAGCACGUGAUGCGGGGCAACUACGAGACGCUGGUGUCCCUGGAUUAUGCCAUCUCCAAACCAGACAUCCUGACCCGGAUGGAGCGGGGAGAGGAGCCUUGUCCUGAAGGCCCGUGGGGCCAGGAGGAGGGCAGUAAGAGGGAGGCAGCACGCCCAAGGAGGCCAAGCCCUGGCCUCCCUCCACACCCAGAGCACAUCCUCAGCCCCGUCAGCCCUGCCCGGGAGGAGCCAAAAGAAGGGCAGGUCCCCAAGCACCAGCAAGACUCAGAGGCAAGAGCAACUGUACCUGGAGUGAGCACGGGGCCUCCAGCCUCUGUUAAACGGGAGGAAGAAUCUUCAGGUGGGGAGUCUCCAACCUCCCCUCCUGGGGACAGCCUGCCCAGCAUAGGGCCAGGUGGUGGUGGUGUGGUCAUUAAGACAGAAGCACAAUCUGAGGACGAGAUGAUGCCCGAGCAGCUCUUCCUGGGGGAGUCCCGUAGCCAGCCCGUGUGUAGAAUGCCCAAGGGGCCCAGGAGCAGGACCCCGGGCCCUGGCCGGCUUCAUGCCGCAGGAGUGCCACGGGUGCGGGGAGGGGACCCGCGGCCGCCAGGGGCCGUGGGGGAGCCGCCCCGCAUCCUUCCUCGCCGGCGAGAGCGGACCUUCCCCUGCCCCGACUGCGGGCAGAGUUUCCGCUUGAAGAUUAACCUGACCAUUCACCAGCGGACCCACGUGGAGGAGGAGCACAGGGAGACGCCGGGGAGCCCGCCCCCGGGCUGGGGGGAGGCCCACCCGGCUCUGGAGCCGGGGGAGGUGGUGGUGCCGGGCCCUGUCAUCCGCUGGCUCCCCGAGGAGCCCGGAGGCCACCGCUCCCUGGCAGGCAGGCCGUGCCUGGGGCGGCGGCCGGCGACCAACAAGAUGUACCACUGCAGCGAGUGCCUGCGCUUCUUCCAGCAGCGGAAGAGCCUGCUGCUGCACCAGCGCCUGCACACCGGCACCAGCCAGGGCUGGCCGGCCUGUCCCUACUGCGGCAAGGCCUUCCGCCGGCCCUCCGACCUCUUCCGGCACCAGCGCAUCCACACUGGCGAGCGGCCCUACCAGUGCCCGCAGUGCGGCCGGGCCUUCAAUCGGAACCACCACCUGGCUGUGCACAUGCAGACUCACGCCCGAGGCCAGGCCGGCCCGCACUUCCCUGCUUCCUCUGCCCUCCCUGGGAGCCCCCCGCUGCCCCGGCCCAGCCACAGCCAGGAGGGCUGAGUCGGCAGGAGCCUGCAGGGGUACCCUCCGGCUCUCCUGGGGCACCCCCCGCAGGACUUCUGUCCACCUUCAGGCCUUUCCCCUUGUGCCUGACGCUGGUUCCUCGUUCCGGAAUAACUUUGGAGAAAACUUUUUUUCAUUCAGAUGGGAAGCAGCGGCCUUUUUGGUGACUGUGUGUGACCAGAUGCCUCAAUUUCCUGUUUCCUAAGUUUGUCACUUUUUGCCGCCUUUUCUACAUUCCUGACUUAGAAAGGAUCCCUUAAGGCUUAGAGGAUGCCAACCUUCGGCGAAAGCAAGAGGACUGGAGAUAGAGGCCUUUCCAGUAGGGGGCGAUAGAGACAUGGAGGGCCUGCAGUUUUGAUACUGCCCACAGAGGUCACAGCAGAUGGACAGACAGUUUGAAGAGUAGGCACUGGAAAUUUGAGUUUCCUACUGUGUUAUUUUGAAACCUUUUUUUUUUUUUUCCUUUUCCUCCAUACGGAGUUUUUCUAGUGCUUUUGUAAGUGUUAAGUGUGGUUGCAAAGGGGACCAGGAGCCCUGAGGGUCAGGAAUUAUUCUGCCACCUCCUUGUGUGUGGGGAUGGUAGAGGGGCUGUCCGGAUCAGCCCGGGUGUGGGAGGAUGCUUGGCUGCUGCCCUGGACAUCUGGUGCCUUCCCGGGUAUGCGCUCUUUGGCCCAGAAUGAUUCCCAAUAUCCCAACAUCCGUGACUGAUUUUGGUUAUUAGUUGAGAGGGGGAAACUGAGGCCUGGAGUGGCUGACCCUUCCCCCAAGGUUUCAGUAUUAUGGGUAUGCACACUCCAUGGACUGGACCCUGCACAACACUUUAGGGAUGGGGGAGAUGCAGAUCCAGCCCCAGAAGCUCCUCCCAGAGGAAGAUCCUGAUGUGGGUGAGGCUGGUCAGCCAAGCUGGAUUCCUGGGCUACCAGGCCUGAAUUGUCACAUUAAAGGAGCAGUUGGUUUCCAAGAAUUUGGGGCUGGUAGCAGAGCUAGGCCAGGAUUUUUUUAACCACCUCCAGCCUCAUGUUCCUCAUCUGUCAAAGGGGGUAAUGACCCCAGUGCAUCCUACCUCACCUUAGGGUUUUCAGGGUCAUAAAAGAUUUAGAGGCAGUGGGCCAAACAGGAAGCCUGGUUUUGUCCUUCUUUUCUAGUUCAGGGCCCCCCCCCCUUCUCUUCCAUGUUCAUCUCCAGCCCUUUGCCCCAGUCAGAAUCCCUCAGGAAGGACCUUUCUUUUCUAGAGUGAGUGGAAGGUCCCUUGGGUACAGAGUUAGGAGAGACUUUCCCAUUGGGCUACAUCCCCAAGGAGCCCUUUGUAUUUCAGUGGAACAAAUUCUUACCAAAGCAGUGAGGUUCAAACCGUAGAAGUUCGGGCAAUAGCAUCAGGCCUCCUGGAGAAGUCUUGAUGGCAGCUAGCAUCUUGUGCCUCUUAAAUCACACCACUUUGGGUACUGCCUAUAGACCAACCCUUGGUUUGGGAGAUUUAAAACUGGGUCCUCGGCUAUUUUGAUUGUUGUCUUAUUUGCCUUGGCACUAUGUGAAGUGGCAAGCAUUCAGACCUGCUUCCAGGUGCCUGGGUCCCUGGCUCUGCCACUUCUUGUUGCCCCUCUGACCCUCACCCCACAUCCCAAAGGGGCAGAUGGGAACGUUGCCAUCAUCUCUGGGGCAAGAGUGAGUAUGCAAGUCGGUUGAGAGCCCAGCCAAGUUCCCCUGGGCUUGGGAAGAAGAGCUACCACCUUCCCCUGCUGUGCAGUCUGUUUGUCUGCUCCGGCAUCCCCAACCCUAACCAGGGGCCCCACCAGUCAGAGCUGGGCUGUCAGCAAGUGUUCAGACAGGAUAUGGUGCAAAUGGAGCUGCUCUGAGCUUACCCCUUCACUUUAAGAGCUAGUUUCAGGUGUUUCCUGGGGAUGCCUCAAGGCUCAAAGUUCCUAGACCUUUCUAAUGCUUAAUGUCCUGUGUAAACACAGGUACUCCAGCAAUAGCACAAGCCAGGAGUGAUCGCUGGACACAGGCCCUCCCGUUUCUUCCAAAGCACUCAGUGUACCGGGUUCCUGGUUAGGCCUUGUCAGUUUACCUGGCACACAUGCAUCGUGGUGCCGGAGCAGAGCGGUGCUCCAGAACCCUGGAGGCUAGAACCUGGUUUGGCCUUCGGCUCGCUCCUAGCUCUGCGUCUUGGCUUCCUCAUUUGUAAACAAGGAAGGGUGGGGUCCUGGUGCUAAAGGCUCUUAAGAACUGUGACGGUGGCGGCCCUUUGCCUUCAUCGGUGCUCAAUAAAUAUGUUGAACUGAA